AUGCCGGCGGUGAAGGUGGGAGUGAAGAGGAGGCGCGCCCAGCGUGCCAUAAUCUACAACUUCCUCCAGAACCUCCAUAAACGUAGUCCGAAGUCUGUAGCCGAACGGGUCCUCGACAGCGACCUCUCUUAUGAGGGGCUUGUUGCCGAACGGGGCCUCUCCGACGAGGACUUCCUGCGCAAGUGGAAGCCGAUGUUUGAACGACCCUCUGCGCCCAUUAAGGUGGCCGAUGUCGUUGCCGUAAUUGCAUCACUAAAGGAGUCGUUCCCCGGACCUGAUGGCCUCCGCCUUACCAUCCUGCGGGGAAUACCCGUAGAGGUCAUCACCAUUCUGUAUAAUCUGCUAUUGCUUAAAGGACCGCCGCCCACCAGGGGCAAAGCCGGCAACAUCUUCACCUCCCGGGUGACUUUCAUCAAGAAGGUGGAGGUGCCUGGCGAUGCCCUUGAGUUCCGUCCCAUCGCCAUCGGGAAUUACUUUGUGCGCGUAUUUCAUCAGGUGCUUGCGAGUCGGUUUGAGGCAGCCUUGCCUAAUCAUCGAGACCAGGUCGGGUUUAAACGUCUCGAUGGGGUUGCCCACAAUGUCCUCAAGUUGAAUGCGGCACUAAAUGCUGCCCGGAGCAAACAUGAGAACUUAGUCGUCGCAUCGGUGGACAUCCCCAAGGCGUUCGAUUCGAUAUCGCACGAAGCGAUGCUGGUCAUACUCCAACAGAAGGGGGUCCCCGACCUCCUCAUAGGGUAUUUGCGAACCUAUUUCAGCACGAGCAGACUACAGAUUGGAAAAGAUCUGAUCCACCCGAAACAUCGUGGGGUUAAGCAGGGGGACCCUCUGUCCCCCUGGCUAUUCAAUCUAGCCCUGGAUCAGAUACUUGAGGGACAGGAGUACGCCCUUGCCAUCGGCGCGAUAGUACUCAAUGAGAUGGCGUAUGCUGAUGAUCUAAUACUAUUCGCCAGCUCCCAAGAAGAAAUGCAAAAACGGAUCGAGCGACUGACUAUCGGCCUCGGCCGCCUCGGACUUGAGCUUAACGCCCGGAAAUGCUGUGUGCUUUCCAUUCGCAGGGAUAAGAAGAGGAAAUUUAGCUUUGUUGAUACGGAUGUGUCGAUAUCCGUCGAUGGUACCCGUCUGCCAGUUGUGACUGCCGUAUCCGAAUUUCGGUAUCUCGGAGUCCAGUUCAAUUGGAAGGGCGUGGCCCGUACGCCGCUCGACCUAGAUAAACUACUGGUCCGUCUCAAUCGCGCUGCUCUAAAACCGCAACAAAAGCUGAUAAUCCUUAAAAAAUUCUUGCUCCCGCGUCUGCAACACCAGCUAACAUUCGGCCGACUGCAUAAGGGCGAGCUCCUCAAAGGGGACAAAGCAGUUCGUCGGGUCGUCCGCAAGUGGCUUCGGCUGCCGGCGGAUUGUCCCAAUUCCGCGAUACACACUCCCGCGAGAUUCGGCGGUUUGGGGGUGAACUCUCUAGAAACGCUAUACUCUACAUCGAAAGAAAGCCGCCUAUCCCAGUCGUCGUAUGGUGAUGAGGAAGAUGCAGCAAUAGCGUCUAAUCCCGCCGUGCGAGGUCUGAUGUCCUACAAAUUUAGAGGAUCUGUAAUGUCAUCCCGAGAGGGUCUGGUUGAGGAUCUCCACAGGAGAUUGGACACCAGGGGCCUACAGGGGUAUGAGAAGGUACCAGCUGUCAACAGCUGGCUGGACCAUGCCCCCACCAACUUGGCCGGACACGAUUUCCAGGAGGCCGUUAGGGUACCCCUAGGCUGUAUGGGCACGCCAUCCUGGCUCAGCCGGGGUGGUCGUAAUGUCGACUCCAUCUGCAAAUGUGGUAGCAAUGCUCGUAUGAGCCUGCCCCACAUUGUCCAAGCCUGCAGCAUCGUUGGCGGCCUCCGGAUAAAACGCCACAAUAACGUCGUACUAUACGUGGCACAGAUCCUGAAGGAAAGGAAAUUCGACGAUGAUUCUACGCGAUACCGCACGCAUGCUAUGGGCAUAUUGGCACGCGCCGGCGGACGGGGCAACACGCCCGACAGCGUCGGCUGA